CACUGUUCAUCAGCAACUGAUCUCCUACGAACCAGACCAAUCCAACCAACUAUGAAGUGCUGGGUCGCUAUCGUUCUUAUGGCUCUCUUCGCCAUCGCUAUGGCGCAGAAGGUGUCCAAACCCGCAGAGCAAGGAUCAGAGAGCGAUAGAGACAAGAGAGGAUUAGGCUCGCUGUAUGGACUUGGAGGAUACACGUACGGAGGAUAUCCUUAUGGCUAUCACGGCUAUCCUUACGGCUACCAUGGCCUCCAUGGCCUCCAUGGCCUCCAUGGCCUCCAUAACUAUCCUUAUGGCUACUCCCGCGUCCCGUACUAUGGCAUCUACGGCGGCGGCUACUACGGUUAAAAAUUGA